UAAUAUUUAUGAAUAUAAAGUGCUGCGUGUUAUAAAAUAAAUAUAUUUAUCUGUGUAUACUUGUAAUUCACACACACAAUUUCACAAUUAUUAUACUGUAUGACUUACAAGUAUACACAGAUAAAUAUAUUUAUUUUAUGUGUCAUGACCAGGGGCGGACUGACCAUUUGGAAACUCGGGCACUGCCCGAGGGCCCGGGAUGCCCCUAGUACCUUUUUCAUAGGCUUUUUUGAGUUUGGGCAAGGACACAGGGGCCCCAUGAUCCCCUAUUGCCCGGGG